ACAGCAGCUGGAAGCGGCGCUCAGGUCGGUCGCAUUCACACGCACGCGAACGCGCACACACACACACACACACACGCGAACACACACGCGAACGCGCACGCAGAGACCAGGGAGCUGACGCGCGCCGGACAGUUCAGCUCGGGAACUCCGCAGGUUCAGGAGUUUUAUAUGGUUUUUAUAGAAAAGCGAAUUUGAUCUCUAAAAAGAGAGAAAAAAAACAUUAUUAUUUAAUUAUUUUAUUCUUCUGAAAGCUCGUAUUCUUGUCUGCACUUCUGACAGAUCCGGAAUAUUUAAAGCGAAUUAAACAUCAGGUUUUGGUGCUCAUUUAAUUAUAAUUCUUUUAAUAAUAUUUAAUUCGUUUUUUUUAAAUAAUUUAUUUUAAAACCGAAUACCUGAUUAAUAUCCUCAAUAGUUAUCGAUUUUUCUUUUUGAUAUAAUUUUUUUUUGUAUAUUUUAAGUAUAAACUCGUUGAAUUCGGAUUAUUUUUGAAAGAAACCCGAUUCGCGUUCACACUGAGUUCACAUCGAGUUAAUUUCCGCGGAUUUGGGUGUAUAAUCCCCCGUCCCCUCCCGGUCAGUGGUUGAGUGGUCGUGGUGGUGGUGGUGAUGAUGAUGAUGAUGCUCGGCCUGGUGCUGGAGUUUGUGCUCGUGCUGAUGAAGGUCGCGUGGGCGAUCGCGCUCGCGGCGCUGCGCUGGGUGGCGCGGCCGCGCGAGAAGCGCGUGGCGGGCCAGGUGUGCGUGAUCACGGGCGCGGGCGGCCAGCUGGGACGCCUGUUCGCGCUGGAGUUCGCGCGCCGCCGCGCCGUGCUCGUGCUGUGGGACAUCAACAGCCAGAGUAACGAAGAGACCGCCGAGCUCGUGAGGCAGAUCUACCGGGAACAGGAGACGCACGCGGAUCGAGAGGGCGGCGUGGAGGAGGUGCAGCCCUUCAAGCCGCAGGUGUACACGUACGUGUGCGACGUAGGGAAGCGUGAGAACGUGUACUCGACCGCAGAGCGCGUGAGACGCGAAGUGGGCGACGUGGACCUGCUGAUCAACAACGCGGGUGUGGUCUCCGGACAGCACCUACUGGAGUGUCCGGACGAGCUCAUCGAGAGGACCAUGGUGGUCAACUGCCACGCACACUUCUGGACCACCAAGGCUUUUCUUCCCAGGAUGUUGGAGAUGAAUCACGGCCACAUCGUGACGGUCGCCAGCUCGCUGGGCCUCUUCAGCACGGCAGGGGUCGAGGAUUACUGCGCUAGCAAGUUCGGAGCCAUCGGCUUCCACGAGUCGCUCAGCCACGAGAUCAAGGCUUCAGAGAAAGACGGCAUUAAGAUGACGCUGGUGUGUCCGUAUCUGGUGGACACAGGCAUGUUCAGAGGCUGCAGGAUACGUAAGGAGAUCGAGCCAUUCCUGCCCCCACUGAAGCCCGAGUUCUGUGUGAAGCAGGCAAUGAGGGCCAUCCUGACCGACCAGCCUAUGAUCUGUACACCACGCAUCGUCUACAUAGUCAAUCUCAUGAAGAGCAUCCUGCCGUUCGAGGCCAUCGUGUGCAUGUACCGGUUUCUGGGCGCCGACAAGUGCAUGUAUCCGUUCCUGGCUCAGAGAAAAGAGGCCAUGAACAACAACGAGGCGAAAAACGGGAUCUAAACGACUCGCCUUCACGAAACGACGAGAGGAUACGACCACUGAGAGAGAGAGAGAGAGAGUUAGAGACUGAGUUUAGACUGGUGCACUUGCAUUGAGCAGAUGCAAACGUUUCCCAUAUUGUUCCUCUGGAACUGAGAGCGCUGUGGACUACACUGAGGAUUUCCUCUUUGUGUUUGUUGUCAUUCGUUGAGUUCAUUUGAAAAAGCAAAGCGAGCUUCUAUAUACCGCGUCACUAGGUCCGAAAUCAUACGUGAGGUAUUCAGUAAUUAUUUACAUCAUGUAGUCACCAGCAUUAUUUAGCGUCUUUGCGAAUAUAUACAGUAUGUUACUGUACGGGCAGUACGAAUCCCCAACCCUCCCUCCCCAACACCCUCAUUGUCACUUUGUGUUUUGUAGACAUGCACUGUAACUACAUCGUUUCUCUACACUGCCAUUACUGUUGGGAUCAAUCCCUCGAUCCCCGGAGCAUCUUCUGGACACGUGGAUUAAAGUCAAACACACACACAAACAGCCGAACCCUGUUCUGGCCCCUUUCAGCCUCCAUAUAGCACGGACUCAAAUUUGUGGCUGCUGAAUAUUCCUGUAAAUAUAUGUGUUAUUUUAUUUCUCUCCUCGCGAUAUAUAUUCAACCAGCAGCAAAAGGAUUUUCCGACACGUGAAACACUCACGGAAAUCCGAAAUGUUUCUAAAAAAAAACAACAGAUGUUCAUGUUAUUCUAGCAAGAAUUAAUGCUAACAUCGAGGGCAUUCGUGAUUUCACCAGCAACGCUAAUCAGUAAUCAAUAAUUUAAUCGUCAACCACGUUUAAAAAAACGUUUUCCGAAGAGACAUUAACGUGUCUCGCGAUUAAGCUGUGGUCAGUGCCAUUUAUUCCACAACAAACAACGAACGCAACUGGUUUGUUGGGUUAUUUUUUAUUUUUAUUUUUUUCUGGGCAGAUCAAAGCGUGUGUCCAUUGUUUAUUUUUUUUUAAAAGAUAUCAGUAUGUAUUUUUAUUUGAAUCACCGACGCAAAAACACAGAACGCAUCCGAGCAUCGGUUUGUAAAGCCACACCUCCGUCACGUCCUCCAUAUAUUUUCAGUUUGGCGCAGCGACGUUCGGACACUACGAAAAAAGAAUCGCCGAUGGAUCCGAAGUCUACUGCGCCGUUUGUUUCCCAGUGACGAGCCUGAAGUCGCUACCUCUUCAGUAUGCUGUUUAUUUGAUGCCUUUUGUUUUUAUGUGUGUAACUUUCAGAAGGAGCUGCACGUCUUGCGGAUCCCACGUUUAGUGUCUCUGCCUAACUUAAAUUAAUAAACUGAUUUAGAUUGUG